AUGGAUCACGACGAUGCAACCCAGCUCACGCAAAACACGCAAGGAGCAGUGGACCCCCGACGGAUCGGAAGAAACAACUCAGGGCUGAACGAAGCCGACAUCUCAGAUGUGAUAUGCAUUCUGCAUCCAUGCUCUCCUGCAGCGUUCAGAAUCGUCGCAACGGCAUCCGAGCGCACACCGCACAAUGUUCUGCAGAACGAUGGGCUCGACCACUUCGACGAUGGCCUCACCCAAAGCGCCCUGGAAGAACAGGAAACAUUCAUUCUCGGAGCAGAUGCACCGCACCAGGCCAUGGACCUUGCCCUCAGAUUUUCGGCGCGCACGAAAAGCCUGAAACAAGGCUUCGUGUUCGGGCGUAAUGAGAAUAUGUGUGACAUUGUCCUGGCCACGGACACAUUCAAGCGCGUUAGCAACGUCCACUUCAGCAUUUUCAUCAACGAUUCUGGAGUGCUGAUGUUGCGGGACAUGUCUACCAAUGGCACAAUCGUCGAUGAGGUCGUUCUCAAGGGCAAGAUCGCGAGGAAUCCACAGACGAGGAUGCUCAACCCAGGCUCGAUCAUUCAAAUCCUCUCACCCAAGCCUGACGAAAUCGUCAAAUUCAUCGUGCGGAUACCAUCACGAGAAGGUCACGUUGAGGAGUAUGAAGCCAAGUUUCUGGCUUACAUGGAGAGGGUGGCAGCCGAAGAGGCAAAGGCCAACAAGCAUAAUAUGCUCACUAGGCGCAACGCUGCGGCUAAUCAGAUUGUCCAAAAUGGCGGCUCCAUCAGAGCACCUCUCGUUCACAAUCAGUACGGCAUGCACUGGAGUGGCGGCAACAAGUACAACGUCGUAGGCCUGAUUGGGAAAGGUGCCUUUGCCACGGUGUAUCAGCUGGCAACCAAGAGCGAAGGACAACUAUUUGCGGCCAAGGAGUUGGAGAAGCGGAAGUUCAUGAAGAAUGGCGUGCUAGAUCGCAAGCUGGACAACGAGAUGAAGAUCAUGAAGUCCGUCAGCCAUCCGAACAUCGUACAAUACGUGGACUACCAGGACCAUGCAAACCACAUGUACAUCAUCAUGGAGUUCGUUCCUUGCGGAGACCUGCAGCAGUACCUCCACCCUCACGGUCCUCUCCCAGAAGACCUCGCAAAGAGGAUGGCGUCUCAGGUCUUUGAUGCGCUUGCGUAUCUUCAUAGGGAGAAGAUCACGCACAGAGACAUCAAGCCGGACAACAUCCUCAUCGCAAACCUGGACCCUCAGAACUUCUCGAUCAAGUUGUCCGAUUUUGGCUUGUCCAAGGUUGUGACGAACAAUGAGACGUUUCUCAAGACAUUCUGCGGCACGCUGUUGUGGUGUGCUCCAGAAGUAUUUCCGCAUUACGACGCUCAUGUGGCUGGAAAGGGCAACAAGCGCCCACGGCAGACUAAGAAUCUGCCUGCGGCGAAGUUCCACAGCUACAGUUCGACGGUGGACAUCUGGUCUUUUGGUGGCGUGCUCUGGUACUCGUUGUGCUUCAAGCCGCCGUUUGAGGGUGUGGCUGACGGUAACGGCCGUGGCAUGUUCGACAAGAUCAUGAUGACUCCACUUGAUGUCACAGACUUGGUCCGACAGGGCGUGUCAGAUGCUGCAGUGUCGCUGCUGACGGACAUGCUGAACACCGAUCCCGCUGCUCGACCAUCACCAGCUACUUGUCUGAACCACCGGUGGUUUGGAGGAACGCAAUCGGCCGAGAACUUACAGCUAGGAGCCGCUGAGGAGGGUCUGGUUUCGAUCGCCGAGGAAGACGAAGGCAUUGCAGAAGACGAGUGGGAUGUGUCUGGCUUAAGUCUUGACGAACAGGAGAGCAACAAUCAGAGCCAAACAAGCGAAGUCAGCAUUCACUCCGGCAGCUUAGAAUUUCUGGAUCCAAGGCAGCCAAAGCGCUUCAAGUCGCACGUGCAAGCGUACCGCGAUCCGGAAGACAUGGUGGACUCAAGCCGAGAGCUAUUCUAUCAAUCCAUACCCAUCAUCCACCAGCCUGAAGGAGCACAAGCAAACGCCGCGAAGCCACAGCACCAGAAGUUGUUCGGUGAGAUCAGCCAGUCUGCAUUGGGAAGCUCAGGCGCUCUAGGGCAGAAAUUCGCAUCACCUCGCUCGACCACAAGUCAAGAGCAGCAAGCCAGCCGCAGCGGAGGUGACCACGACGAGCGAGGAGCGUUUGCCUCACCAAGUUUACUUGGAGCCGAGUCUAUGGUGAGGGAGAUGAACAUGGACUCGCCGCUCUCCGUUGAAUCACAUGAAGCGGAGCCCGAAGAGCCAGUCACGCCACAAGCUCCCGACAGACCAACUCGAACUUCACGUGGCACACUCAGCAAAUCGCAGAGUCAGAAGGACGAUGUUACGCCCAAGCAGCCACAGCGCCAUUUCGACCGCCAGAUCAAGUUGCCAAUACCAGCGUCGUCGUACUACAUCGCGGAAGAUCCUAGCACCCACACUCUCGAAUACGCGACCAAGAUCAGCGGCCACGACUACAUCAAAGACCCAAGCUUCGGAGGCCAGCAGAACGUCUCUCUCCCCGCCACAACCAGCGGCUCAACAACAGAGCACGAGGAAAUCACCGACCUCGACCACGUUGCACAACACGCAACCAUCGUCAAACAAGCCAGCACCACCCCACCAUCCGAGUUCGCCAAACCCCGUCCCCGCCUCGGCAAACUCACCACCACCCCUGACUCCUGCCUCCAACGCACCCUCGUCCUCGACCGCCGGACCUCUAACUGGGGACGCGCGCCCGACAACACUCACGUCUUCGAAGACGCCUUCGACACGCGUAUCCCCAAGCGCGCCAUCGUGAUCUGGUUCCAUGCGCCAGGAAUCGACAAGAUCCCUGACGACGACCAGGGAUUGACGAAGAUGCCGGGUUUGCACUGCGUGGUGCAGACGGAGAGUAGGACGGGGAUUUUGGUUAAUGGGGUGAGGUUGAUGAAAGGGGAGCCGGGAAGGAGGGCGUAUGGGAGGGUGUACACGGGGGAUGAGAUCACGGUAUUUCAGAGGAAUGCACAGGGCCAGCCGGGAUUGAAGUUUGUGUGUGAGUUCUUUCACGGUGAGGCGCAGAAUAAGCGGUCGGAGGGUGGGGGGCCGUUCAAGGUUGAGUUUGAGAAGUCGAGCAGUGCGAAGUCGAGCCAGGAGAAUGGGGUGGCUGGGAAGAGCGGUGGUGGUGCUGCUGCUGCUGCUGCUGUGCCGGUGGCGUCUGCGUGA